CACGUCAAAGAAAAAUAUUAUCACGAACAUUGUCUGAAUACACACUAUACACAUUUAUUCCAUCAAUUUUAUUUUGUUUUUGUUAACAAUUAGAACCGAUUAGAAUCAAAUAAAAUCAUUAGUUUGUAGCGUUAUAAAGUACCAGUAGCAUACGAUAUUAAAUUUAUGAUUUACCAAAAACAAAAAAAGAAACUAUAGCAUUUCAAACACCAGUUAGUUUUUAGCAAAUAAAUUCAAUCGAUAAAAAAAAUUGUGGCAAAUAUUGUGAAAUUCAAUAACGUUGACAUUAAGAAUGGCAAGUACAAGUGGACCAUCCAAAAGUGAUAUUGAAGCAGUUUUUCAUCGGCUUCGUGCACAGCCCACCAACAAGAUAUGUUUUGAUUGCAGUGCAAAGAAUCCGACGUGGUCGUCAGUGACGUACGGUGUAUUUAUAUGUAUUGAUUGUUCGUCAGUUCAUCGGAAUUUGGGCGUUCAUUUGACAUUUGUUCGUUCAACGAAUUUAGACACGAACUGGACAUGGAUUCAAUUAAGGCAAAUGCAAUUAGGUGGCAACGCAAAUGCAGCACAAUUUUUCCGCCAACACAAUUGCAUCACAACUGAUGCUCAACAAAAGUACAAUUCACGUGCCGCUACUCUCUAUCGCGAAAAACUAACGAAUCUUGCUCAGCAAGCCAUGAAACAGCAUGGCACCACACUAUUCUUGGAUUCACAUGAACAUGACGAAAGUAAUAAUAAGAAGGCAGAAGAGGAGGAUUUCUUUGCCGACUGUGAAAAUGACCUAAAUGGGUUUUCACAAAAUAAUAAUUUUGUAAGUUCGAGUGAUGCAGCUGAGACCAAGAUUGCUCCGAAGAGAGAAGAGACCAAACCAAAAUCCGAUCCAGCUGCAAUUGGUGGCGCACCAAGUGUUGACUUCUUGAAUUCAAGUGUUCCAGUUGAGCCACCAAAAUCGACAAUCGGAAUUCGAAAAGUCCAACCAAAACGAGGGUUUGGCGCUGGUAAAAAAGGUGCGCUCGGUGCGACCAAGGUGAAAACAAAUUUUGCUGAUUUGGAGAAUCAAGCCAAUUUGGCCGAUCAACAAAAAGUGCCUGAAAAGAAAUUGACCGAAGAAGAGCAAGCCGAAACGAUGAAUAGUGUUCGUUUGGCAUACCAAGAUCUGUCAUUGAAAGCUCAAAAGCAAGAGGAAAAAUUAAAGCAUAUCGAUCCGACGAAAGCAAAACAAAUGGAACGUCUUGGUAUGGGUUUCAAUGUUCGUGGCAAUGUAUCACAUUCGGUGCUCACUGAUAUGAAAACAAUUGCACAAGAGCCAACUCCAAAAUAUACAACAACAUCAACAAAAGUGUUCGAUAAAGAGCCGAAAGAUGACUUUUUUGACGAUUAUUCAACGAUGUAUUCGACAUCAACAAAAACCCAUGAUCCCGAUCUAGCCAUAAUGGGAUUCGAAGAAAUUGAAAUAAUCGAUUCGCGUCAUUCCAAUGUAACGAGCAUGUUUAAUGCAGCAGCGUCAAGCACACCGCCGAACCGAAAUCAAAAAACCAAUUUAGAUUCUCGCAGCAAUAAAACAUCGUAUAACACAUAUGAAAAUAAUGAUGCGCAAAAAAAAUUUGGCGGCGCCAAAGCCAUAUCAUCCGAUCAAUUUUUCGAACAGGAAACUUCAUCAUUCGAACGUUCGGCAAAUUUGGCCAAAUUUCAAGGUUCCAACAGUAUUUCAUCGGCCGAUUACUUUGGUGACAAUAAAAACAAUGCUUCCAGUCGAGGUAUAAGUGAUAUUCAUUACAACGGUCCUGACUUAGAAGAUGUACGCGAAAGUGUGCGCCAAGGGGUGACAAAGGUGGCAGGUCGGCUGAGUUCAUUGGCGAAUGGUGUUAUGUCAUCAUUGCAAGACAAAUAUGGUGGUUAAUUGGCCGAUGAUGAAAUGCCUAGUAGCGAUAAGGAUUUUAGCAAAAAAAGAAGAAGAAGAAGUGAAAUAUAGUUUUUCAGCGAAACCGACCGACACAUAAAUACAACAAAUAUAUCAACGACAAAAUAUGAACUAAGCAAUUGUAUAUUUUCUUUCCUCCUCCCUACUUGUAUUCAUUAUUAUUCUGAUUACACCAAAUUAUUUCAUUAUCAUA